AUGGCUUGCAAGUCGCAAAUCCAGCAAAUCAAAAUGGCCGAUGCUUCGAGAAAGCUCUUCCAAUCAGGAGAUUUCAAGGAUGACAACAAAGGAGUUGAGUUUAGAGGUGAUCCGUAUGUGCAUAUGUCGUUUGGCCUAUAUCGCGAGGCCGCCGCCGCGUACGCCCGGAGGCUGCAUGUUCGCCUGGCGUGGGCAUAUAACGCGCGACCGUUUGCGACAAUCGCACAUUCGUCGCGUCGCGAUAUCGUGAUGUUAAGUAUGUCGGUUGGGUUACAGCGGCGUUGCUGGACAUCGCGUCCCGCCGCGUGGCACCGGAGCCCGCGCCGCCCCGGGGCUUCGCCCCUCGCGUCACGCCGCGCGCGUUCGGAGCCCUCGCUCCUGGGUAUCGAGCGGAGUAAUCGAGGUAAGCCUUUCAAAAUUCACGCCAGAAUGUCGUCCCGUCGCAACGGGUCGGUGUCGCGGGCGGCCGAGGCGGCUUCGAAGAACCGCCUGCAUAUGGACCGUAACCCGCAACACUCCAGGAUAAAUGACCCCUCAAACCCUGCAGGCCGCAGGAAAGAGAUAGAUAAUGUGAUGAAGAGAGCCCGGCAAGCCUCCCCCGGCAGUUGGGAUAGGAAGCUACUGGAAGUGGAAGAGAAGGAUCCAAAUAGGUGGCGUCACACAGGCUACAAACAGAUGUAUUUGGACGGCUCGGGGUCGGUCUCCCCAAGACGUUCCCGUUCCCCCGGGAGAAGGUCUAGAUCACCAGCCGGUCUCGCUCGUAGAUCGCGGUCCAUACGUAGGUCCCGGUCUAUAGGGCGCCGGUCCCGCUCGCCGGUAGGGCGCCGGUCUCCCCGCAAGUCGCGCACCAGGAGUCCACGCAGAAGCCCUAGACGCAGCCCUAGGAGGAGUCCUAUUAGACGCAGUCCGGCCCGCAGUGUGCGCCGGCGGCUGAGCCCGAGCCCGCGGCCGCGCCGCACCCGGCCUCCGCCCCCGCCGCGUGGAGCCCGGCCGCCCAGCCCGCCUGACCCCAGAAAGUCAUCCCCAUCGGGUUCUUCAGCAAGCAGUUGUUCAGACGAGUCUUGCUCGGUGUGCUCUGCUAAGAACAAGAAGGUUCCACCGAAGAGUACUAAACCUAGCGUGCGCACAUCCCCGUCCCCCUCGCGGGCCAAGCGCCCGCCCGCGCCCGCGGCGCGCGCCGUGCAGCCCACACGGGAGCUGCUCAAAGCGAGGGAGAGCAGCAAGAGAACCAGGGAGGAAAAGGUGCUGGAGUGGCAACGCUCCCAGCUGGCGGUGCGGCCUCCGCCCGCGCCCAUCCCGCCCGCCCACAUCAAGCGCGAGGGCGAGCGCCGGCGCCGCGGCGUGUCGCCCGCCGCCAUCGCCGCCGCCCUCGCCGACUCCGACAGCGACGAGUCCAGCGACGCCAGCUCUGAGCCCCAGCCGCAGAGACUAACCCUGUCGGAGCGGUUCGGCAAGAUGGCGCAGUGGUCGGCCGCCAGGUGCGCGCGGCUGGAGAACAUGCGCAUCACGCGCCGCGACAGCGCCCUGCACGUGCAUAUAGAGAGGGAUGAAGCGGCUGACGCUGUGAGGGAUCCGGCGGACCCCCUGGACCCCCUGGCUAGACCCCCGCUCGGGGAUUACCCUGGCCUCGACCCAGCUCCAGUAGGAAGUUAUCCAGAGGAACUGCUAGCUGUUGCUCCGGGAGGUCUGCCAUCUUGGGACGAUGUGAGAGUGCGCUAUGAUUAUUAUAAGAAGAGGGGUUAUUUGAGAGGUCUGACUCUCGGUGACUACGUCAAGUGGGAGGAGUGGUGGUACAAGUACCAAGAGUGGCUGAAGAGGGAGCGUGCCUACGAGCGCUGGGCUGAAGGAGAGGGGGGCACUACGCGCCGUGAGCGCCGCCGCCGCGGCGGGCGCCACCGGCGCAGC